AUGAGCUUGGACAGGUCUGAGUGUCACUUGCCUAGUCCGCAGAGCCUCAAGACGGCAUCGUUGUCAGCAGAUGCUCACCCAUUCCUUGAGGAUGAAGAGCUGCAAGCGGUUCAAGCAUGGCGCCACAAUAUCCAUUCAACAGAACCAGACGUAGUACAACAGGCCACGCCAACAGCCACCGACGCCAUCUCUCCUCUCAAGCGCAAAGCCAGCCACAAUUGGCUAAAAACCGUUCCUGACAAGAGAACUAGAGCUGAGCGCGCCGAAAACGAUGCGUCGGAUCGAUCUAAGAGACGAUUUUCUGCUUUCCCGGAUUUGUCGCUACAGGGCGGUGAGCAGCCAGAUCUUGUAACAAACGCCCGGCUGGGAUCGAGCACAAGGUUCUCGCCAAGGAAUUCCACCAGUCAACUCAUUUCACCUCCCAAGCAGUCCCUGGGCGCCAGAAACACUGCCAAAUCUCCAGUCCCGGUCAAUAGCAAGCCGAGCGAAAAACCUAGCCAGGAACAGCAGGCCGCUGCAACUUUAUCAUCACCAGUAUCUCUCCGAAAUGUCAAGCAAGAAAAGCCUGAUACACAGCCGUCUCCCCUAAAGUUCAAGGUCAAAGUUCAUGUCACAUCCGAUGCAUCUCAAUGGCUCGAUACUCUCCCGCCGAAGACAACUGCCAUGCAUUACACAGCCAGUAACGGCGUUGUUCAGAAGCCAUAUCGAGUACCAGACGAUGAGGACUUUGUUUUUGAUCUAGCUAUGGCUCCGCCCUCAGACUUUUCAGAAAGCGAGGACGAUGAAUCGAGUCAAGAAGUGGAACAUGCCACCGAAGCUGCCUUGGAAGAACCCCAACCGUCCGUGCGGAACGAGAAACCAGGUCCAGAGACUGAUGGCUCGUCCGAUUCGGACCUUACUGAGCUUUCCGGGUCUCCGGAGCUAUCAGAUAUAAAUGAAUCUGCAGAAGAAUCAGAAGCAGUAUCUGCGGAAGAAUUGGAUGAAAUGCAGGAUGACUCAAGCGAGGCUCCGGACUUUGCAGAAAUGAAAAUGGUUGAUGAUGGAACCGCGUCCGAAUCUAUGAGGACGACUGACGAGGUUCAAGUCGAAAGACCCACUGAGGCCGAAGAAAGCUUGGAUUGGGAAGGGUUCUCUACUGCCGAAGAUGCUUCAGAGAUGGGCAAGACCGCUGAUGCUAGCGAAGUUGACGAGAUUCCUGGAGUAGCCAUGUCUCAUUCAGUCCUGAAAGAAACGACAUGUCUUUUGGCAAACGAGUCGCACGACGCAUCAGGCUCAGAGACUUGCCAAAUGCCUCAGCAAGACGCCGUUGAACCCGCGGCAGAGCUCAAUGCUGCUGAUCACGUUUCCAGCCCUGUUGCAGAAGAGGAACGUGUACAGAGCAGCCCUUGUGUCACCGAGGCUUCAACCCACUCGGUGGCUGAGCCUGCGGUACCACCGUCUCCCAAGGUCAAACAAGAAUCAUCCGAGUUUUCCUUGAGGGCAAUGUUCCGAAACUUGGUCCCGACAAAGUCAUGGGCCCAGUUGACGCACCUGACUUCUAGUCCUCCACAAGCAACGAUGCAAGAGCUCAUUGCACCAGCUACAACGGAGGAGCAUGUCCUGCCAAGCGUUGAGGACGUUGACUAUGAAAACGUUUCCGGAGACGAGAGUGACGGAACCCCGAUGAUGGUAGAACUCGGCUCCGAGACGGGGGAGCAAUCGGCGACUUUGCACACUGGCGCGGCCCCCGCCAAAGAAGGUGAUGAGGCUUGUCAACAUUCGCUCCCUGAGCCGGGUAGUGCUCUCGCAUCCGAGAAACCGGCAACACCCCAGCAUCAGCCUGUUGCAGAGGGCAGCUUUUCCAGAACUGCUUUGGAGCAGAACCAGUCGAAACUGAGCGACGAACCGACAGCAGAGAACGAGACCGCCGAUCCAGUGGCUGUAGCUGGAGUACCGCAAGAGCCACAUACCCCUUCUGGCCGGGAAACAACCCCAGCGCCGUGCACUGCAACAGAUGAGAUCCCGCCUGCUGUUGAAACUCCCGUUACGCCUGUGACAGCCAAAACUCCAUCGCCUGUUAGCAAGGCAACCGACUCUGAACCUCGAUUUGCAUUCAAGUCCUUUGCUGCGUUUACGACACCAUCGCCAGAGCGUCUGCGUGUUAGGAAGCGUCGCACGCUUACCGGAUCAAGUCUUCGCCAUGCACGCCUCAAAAGCAUAUUAUCGUCAGGCCAUGCCGACUCAACUCGACGCAGAAGCAACCGAGUAUCAUGGCUCCUCCCGGGCGAGCAGGACGCAGAGGGCAGCCAUUCAGAGGGCAAGGCCGGUGCCAGCCACGGUGCGCCAUCCUCGCCGCCGCCCCGAACGCCGCUGGCAGAGCUCCCUACUGCGGCUAAUGAGAAGUUUGCAAAGCACUUUUCCUCGGUCGUGAAGCGCACCGAUGGGCUGCGCCACCGGUUCCACGUCACCGCGAACACUGAUCGUGGAGUUGGAAGCCUGGCACUCAACAGCAGCAGCCAGACAUCCAGCAUCGUGGCCAGGAGCAAGAACACUGUUGGUGACGCGAUGGAAGGUACCCCCUCAACGGCGGCGGCAGCGAGCCACGACGUGGAGAAUCAGGGCAGCAGGCCGCGCGAGGCGACGCUGUCGGUUGAGCCCAUGGACAUGGUGGAGGACAUGGUGCGCGAGAUGGGCGACUUUUGGCAGGCGUGGGACGUGGACGCGGAGCUCAGCGCGGCCAAGAAGGCACAGGUCGAGGCCGGUGUGAGCUCAUCACAGUCGCGCAAUGCAUGGCGUUGA